ACAAAGCCAGGCAACCGAACAAACUCCACUGCAUCGUCAUCAAAACGUGUAUCUACAUCAGUGAACUUGACUCGACAGAAGGGCGGUUUUGUCAACUGAUAUCCAUGUACCCAGUUUCAAGUAUUUAUAUUGCUUGUUUUCGCCAGAAUCAGCUUUCACGGUGUAAGCUUUCAAAUACCUCACGGGCUAUCUAUUACAUACAAUGUCCUUAUAUGAGCUUCCCCGGAUGUCUGUGUUGUAGGAUACAACUUCCUGGUCUAAAGCGCAGGACAUUCUUGACAUAAUGUAUACAAGGGACACGGAUCGAAUCACAACCUGCAGUUGGAUCACUCAACUUAUUUGUGACGUUGUUCUGUGCAGAUAGUAUAAGAUCCGGACAUCUGUGAUGACACCACGUGUGAACGCAGCAUGUGCGUGACUUUAAUCUACUAGCGACAUCGCCGUUCAAGUGGAGGGGAUGGAGUAUAUCCGUGUCCUGUUCCUGCUAUGAGGAUGUAUGCCCUGUGUUGAUGGGUCUGUUCAAUUGACAAGAUUUGCAACAGGACACACUUACACCCUGAUCUGCAGUAGCAUCCCCGGCAGCCCGACCAUCGACUGGUACUGGAACUCUGAGCUCGUCAUACGUACACGUACACGUCAAAGACAUCAAUGUGCUCACGAAAGCCCGGUCAGUUACAAUUAUAGCACCUACCUAUCAGCACGUGUCAGUGUGAGAUGCGAUGUCCUUCAUCACAAUGUGACUCUCAGGAUCAACUCUACCAUAGAUGAUGGGUCUGAAUGGCAGUGUGAGGAUGUGAGGCGGGACAGGAGCAACUCUAUAAUUAUAACUAGAAGUCCAGUAGGAAAGCCAUCAACCGACCUACCUGAGGGAUCUACAUUUUCCUCAACGUUUGACGGUUCAACAGGCACAGCAACUAGAUCGACAAUGACGACCAUGACAACGUCCUCAGCGCCGACAACGGUUGUCUACGUCGUUGGAGCAGGAGUUGGUGUUGUUAUAACCACCGUCAUUAUUGUCAUCGUUGUGUGUAUAAGGAGAAACAAAGGACGCCACGUACGUGCAGUCAAUGAAGUGGACAGUGCGACAGAUCACCUGACAUCAACACCCACCUACCACAACGAUGUCUCGGGGAUACGGGUCCAGCAAGACACUGGAACUGUACUUGUGGACAAUGACAUAUAUGAGGGUUGGACUGAGGUCACAUCAAUUAGUCAGCCCACAGAAAAUGAUCACGUUGUGGCAGAUCUGUAUGCCCAAGUUCAGAAACCCAAGAAGGCGAAGAUGGCACACACAGUUAAAGCUGAAUACGUCAACAUAAAAGAUCUGGACGCAAAACCUGACAAAAACCGGGAAGAAGCAGUAGUAAACAUAGGCUGAAAUGAAAAGUGAGACUCCGGAAGAAGAGAUAAACUGAUCGUAUUAGUGAAUACAGAAACAUUGGACAGAGAAUAGACACAUGACCAUGGUCAUGUUUUAUACAUGUAGGGCUUAGCCUUUAUUAGGCCCCUCUCGGGGGCACGGGUGGUCUAGUCGGCUAAGGCGCCGCGAUUCGCUGUGCAGAGUUGCGUCCCUUGGGCAUGCCAGAAACCUAUGAUUGUG